UCCAUAAGUCCACAUUCACAGCAUAUUCCCAAACUCAUUUGUCAAUUCAAUUCUUUCGCAACACGCUGCUUACUUCUCCAACUUUCUCAAAUGGCGUCUUUCGAUGAGGCACCUCCCGGAAACCCUACCGCCGGUGACAAGAUCUUCAGGACUAAGUGCGCUCAGUGCCACACCGUCGACAAAGGCGCCGGCCACAAACAAGGACCCAAUCUGAAUGGUUUGUUUGGAAGGCAAUCUGGGACAACUCCUGGAUAUUCUUAUUCUGCCGCUAACAAGAACAAGGCUGUGGAAUGGGAGGAAAAGACCUUGUAUGAUUACUUGCUUAACCCCAAGAAGUACAUCCCAGGGACAAAGAUGGUAUUUCCAGGUCUCAAGAAGCCCCAGGAACGUGCUGAUCUUAUUGCAUAUCUGAAAGAGGCCACUUCAAAAUAAUAGAAUUUUCAUACAUUUUUAUGCAGUAUAUGCCGUUAGAACCUGGAUUUUAAUUUUCAGACAUUUGAUUCUGUGGUGCAAAUAAGCACUUUAUCUUGGCAAAUAAAGCAGACUUGAAUAGUUUGCAGUGCUAUUUUGUUUCUUUUGCAUUGCAUUGCUUCUUGAGGGUUGCGUAUAUUGAUUGGAUUAAUAUUGAAACACAUUGGCUUUUGAGUGUUGAAACAUUCUUAUCAAAUUUUUCUUAAAUGGUCAUAUCUUAGUUUUUAUUUGUUUCA